AUGUAUAGAUCUUCUUAUUAUGAAUCUGAUUAAAAAGACAUACUUAUAGCUUAACUAAAAGCAGAUAUUUAUGAAGCUUAAAAAUAAUAAGAGGAAUUAGAAUAGCUUGAAUAAGAAAUGGGAAAAUGGGAAAUCAAAAUAAAGAUGGCUAAUGAAGAAAAAGUUUAAUUAUAUUCUUAUUUAUGUAGUUACUUUUAGAACAUGAACAUAGAUAGAAACAUGAAUAAUGUAUUGGUUAAAUUUAAAUGAUGAGUUAAGAAAUUAACUAAUUAUCAAAAAUAUUGAAGGAGAGACAUUUGGAUUAGGAGAGAUAAAUUUUAUAAUAGAAAGAAUUAGAAGAAAUUAAUGAUUAAAGAUAACUUGAAAUUUAAUAAACAAGAAAACAGUUGAAUAAAUUAUCGGAUUAGGUUAUUUAAGAAACAUCAAUUAUAGAAAAUUUGUAACAUAAACUUGAGUAAUUUGAAUAGGAAAGUUAUAAUGCAGAAAUAAAAAAUAAAGAAUUAAACAGAAAAAUAAAUGAAAUUUAAUAAAAAAAUAGAAAAGUUGAAUAAGAUUGUUAAAUAUUGUAAGAUUAAUUGAUAUAAUUAUAAUAAAAUGAUUAAGAAUAGGAAAUAAAUAAAGUAAUAUAUUUAUAUAAAUAUAAUAGUAUUAAUAAUAAUUAGCAUAUACAAAUGAACAUAUUAAAAAAAUAGAAACUGAAUUUCAAUAAGAGAAAUAAAAUAAUAAAUCUACAGAAUAAUAGAUAAAUCGUAUGAAUCAAGAAUUAUAAUAAAAUGAAAUAGAUUUAUCAAAAUAAAAGAAAUAUUUGAUGAUAGAAUAAUAGAAAAAAGAUGAUUUGAAUAAGAAGAAAGCACAAUUAUAGAAAACACAUCUUCAUCGUUAAGAAUAAUAUUCUUAAGCAGAUUAAGAAUUAAAUAAAACUAAAAUGGAUAAUCAAACAAUAAUCAAUGAUAAUACUUCAUAUAAGAAUAAAUUAAAAUAAUUAUAGACACAUAUAGAUAUUUUAAUGAAAGUGAAUUAAGAAUUAGUAAGUGAAUUAGAAUUAUAUUGUGGGGAUGAUUAGAAAAUUAAAUAAAUUUUAAAUAGAGCAGCUAGAGUAAAAGAAUUAUAAUUGAGAGUUGUUUAAGGAAAUAGAUUACUAAAAAAAUGA